CAAUUGGAUGAGUAUCUCCCAGUGAUGCGACAACUGUCAUCGGGUUCGGUGCGUCGUGCUGGUGUUGUAGCGAGUUAAAGUGAUGAAAUAAAACGAGGGGAGACAGAUAAGGCAUUACGAGGGGAACCAUAAUUACAACUUCCGGUGAUUUGUGAAACAGUGGAACGAACUGAAAACGCAGCAAAAUGGAACCGCUAGACAUUUUGAUCUCCGUUGUGAUGCUCUGUCUGGCGGUGUACUUUCUGCUCGAUAGGCGUUUCCAGUACUGGACCGAUCGAGGUGUGCCGCAAUCGAAACCAGAAUUGAUUUUCGGAAACGUUCGUGAGGUGAGCAGAACGAUUCAUUUGGCGGACAAGUUUCGGGAGAUUUACAACGAGCUGAAGGGCAAGCAUCCGCUGGUGGGAGUGUAUCUGUUCUUCAAGCCGGUAGCGUUGAUCACGGAUCUGGAGCUGCUGAAGUGUGUGUUUGUGAAGGAUUUCCAGUACUUCCACGAUCGCGGUACGUACUACAACGAGAAGCAUGAUCCGCUCACGGCCCACCUGUUCAACAUUGAGGGUCAGAAGUGGAAAAACCUUCGCAAUAAGCUGUCGCCCACGUUCACGUCCGGCAAGAUGAAGAUGAUGUUCUCCACGAUCGUGGCGGCUGGCAAACAGUUUAAGGACUUUAUGGAGGAAACGGUACACGAGCAGGUGGACUUUGAGCUGAAGGAUGUGCUGGCCCGCUUCACGACGGACGUGAUCGGGAUGUGUGCGUUCGGCAUCGAGUGUAACAGUAUGCGCAAUCCGGACGCGGAGUUCCGUGUGAUGGGCCGGAAGAUCUUCUCCAAGCCGCGGGGUAAAGUGAAGAGUCUUGUGAUCAACUCCAUGCCACGGCUGGCAAAACUUAUUGGGCUCCGCACCCUCGAUCCGGAGGUGUCGGACUUCUUCAUGAACGCGGUGCGAGAUACGAUCAAGUACCGGGUGGAGAACAAUGUGCAGCGGAACGAUUUUAUGGACAUUCUUAUCCGCAUGCGCAGCGAUAAGGAAACUAAGUCGGACGAUGGUACGCUAACGUUUAACGAGAUUGCGGCGCAAGCGUUCGUGUUCUUCCUGGCCGGAUUUGAGACGUCUUCCACGCUGCUAACGUUUACGCUGUACGAGCUGGCGCUUAACCAAGAGGUGCAAGAUAAGGGCAGACGCUGUGUGAAGGAGGUGCUCGCCAAACACAAGGGAGAGCUUACGUACGAUGCUGUGAUGGAGAUGAACUAUCUGGACCAGAUAUUGAAAGAGAGUCUGCGCAAGUAUCCACCUGUUCCCGUUCACUUCCGUGAAACCUCCAAGGAGUAUCAGGUACCCGGCACUAAAACAGUACUCGAAGCAGGAACCUCUGUCAUGGUGCCAGUGCACGCUAUUCAUCGCGAUCCGGAACACUUCCCCGAUCCGGAGCGCUUCGAUCCGGACCGGUUCACGGCGGAACAGGAAGCCAAACGUCAUCCGUACGCUUGGACACCGUUUGGGGAGGGUCCAAGAAUUUGCAUCGGGCUGCGGUUCGGCAUGAUGCAGGCACGGAUCGGGUUGGCCUAUCUGCUCACAGGAUUCCGGUUUACACCGAGCGCAAAGACGAUAGUGCCGAUGGAGUUUGACAUUAAGAGUUUUAUCCUCUCGCCAGCGGGAGGAUUAUGGCUGAAGGUGAAGAAGUUGAGCUCAUGAAAGUGCGGAUUGAAAUACCGAUAGAGUAUGGAAGUAGAUUUUAAGUGUCUUCAUAUUUAACACUUUUGAUUUAGUUUGAAUGAUUGGCAUAAUAAAUGAAUUAAUUAGGUGUUAAUUAAAUAAACACAAA